GCGGAGAUGGUCCUUCACACUGCCUUCUCCGCAGCACCAGACGCACUGGCAGCACACGGCACACUCUUUGGUUCUGGCUUGGCCCACCUGGAGCCGAGCCUGCCGAGAGACCGACCGAGUCUCUAUGCGUGGGGGGACCACUUGGGGUCGGGAUCCUCAUCACUCGAUUGUCUGCUGUUGGGUGCACGAAGACAGGCUGACUGACAUUUGACCGCCGUGGACGUGGCGAGAGCACCGACGACGACAACCACAUCAACAUCCACAACCACGACAAGACAGUCAUCUCAAGCAGCCUCAUCAGUACAAGCAGCAUCACAAAGCGACCACUGCCCCUGCCCUGCACGAGACUUGAGACUCACAACCCAAGCACGUCCAAGCCCCCCACCUCACAAUGUCGUCAACCACGACCGUCACCCAGACGCGCACCGCCGAGACUGUUCUCGACGACUACGCCCUGCGCCACACGGGUGGCAGCAGCAGCGGUGUCAAGCCCGCGCCCACGGCGGCCACUGUCGAGAGCAUCAACUCGUCCUCGUCAGCAUCGGCUGCUGGUGACGGGCCCGUGGCGCCCAUCCCCUGGGACAACACGCACCGCCGCGUGCCCCCCUACAGGCCCAUCCGGCGCGACCGCGACGUUUCUCAGAUCCGUGUCUACCAGAAUCGCAUUGAGCAGAUUUUUGUCGGCACCAUGUUCACUGGAGUCUUUCUAAAUGAGGCGAGGGCCAACGCGGCCAGGUGGGCAUUUGGCGACAAGUUCCGUAACUUUGUCAUCGGUGGAGAGAUGUAGAAUGUGUUUAGCGAAUUAAGGUUGCUUCUUGUGCUUCAAUAAAUCUUUUUGUACAAAAUUCAGCACAAUGCAUCAGCUGGCGGUCAACCAUUUUGGGGGGGGAUUGAGUGCGAAGAUGCACACAAGCACAAAUCUUCAGGCGACAAGAUUCAAGCUCAAAAUGCACAUGCGAUGUUUAUACUUGCGAAUCAAUUGUUCUGUCUGGACUCUCCAAGAAACAACCAUGCACAAGACAAAGGACGACGAAGACGUGGCAUAUACGUUCAUUGCAAAUCAGCCUC